AUGUCGUCGUCUCAGCCCAGCACGGGCGAAUCUGCCACCGCGGCUGGAGUCGAGGCGCCGGCGGUGAAUCUCGAACGCAAAGCCCGCAAAGAAGCCCAAAAGGCACUCAAGGCGCAGCAGGCGGCCGAAAAGAAGGCGGCCAAGCAGGCGCAACCCGCUCCUGGUUCAUCUUCAUCCAAGCCCAAGGAGAGCCAUCGGCGGCCGCAGUCCAGCGGCGAACAGCUCUCGCGUGCGCUGGCAUACAUUCUUCGGCACGGAGCGGACAAGGAAGGGCUUUCGAUGCGGCCGGAUGGGUACAUUGCCCUCGACGAUGUGCUGGAUCGUCCGCGCGUCAAGAGCGUCAACAUGGCCGAGGAGCCCGGUGAGAAACGUCGGCCGGCACUGGAAGACAUUCAGCAGAUCGUAGAUACCAACGACAAGAAGCGGUUCGAGCUGCUGUUUGACGGGACCUGGCUCGUACGCGCUGUGCAGGGGCAUUCGUUGAGCCAGGUGGUCGAGCUCUCACACACGCCACUCACACUCACCAACCUGCACCUGCUCAAGCUCCAAGACGACGACGACAACGACGAUGCCGAUGAUCUUGCCGACGAGAUCGACGCCCAACUCGGACUGCAAGAGAGCAAGGUGGAGGUGGUGCAUGGCACAUUCGCCGAUGCCUGGCAACAGAUCCUGGCGAGUGGCGGGCUGAAGCGCAUGUCGCGCAACCACAUCCACCUGGCCAAGGGCAAGUUCGGCCAAAAGGGCGUCGUGUCCGGCAUGCGCAAGUCGGCCAACCGGCUCAUCUUUGUCGAUGUGCGCCGCGCCAUCGCCGACGGCUUCCAGUUUGCGCUUUCCUCGAAUGGCGUCGUGCUGACACCGGGCAAGGGGCAGGAGGGCGUGCUGCCCGUAGAAUACUUUACAAGGGUCGAGGAUGCAAAGGGUAACAUCGUGUGGACGCCGCCAUCGUCACAGCCGUAG